AUGGGGGAAAAGCAGGAGCAUGGAAGCCCGUCUACCUGUCCGUACACGCACAUGGAGCAUUUAAAAAGGUGGAAUAGGGAAAGAGAGCGUCUGAAAAGGGCGCAAGACACACCUGCAACGCCCUCAAACAACUACGCCCGACACCCCGGGGAGCAGUCUCGAGGCGGAUCCUUUUCUGUCGAGAAUGCGUCUGCGCGCCUUCCGGAGCGUCACCUGAAUAGCAACCCGAAGAAGCUGGCAGCAGCCUCUGUUGACGCCACUACUGUUGGCGCGAACGGAGCUAUUGGCAGCGAGGCGUCUAAAGGGGGAAAGCUAUCUGCUACGGCAACUGCAGAAGCGGGCUGUGCAGUUCACGGGGGAGAGGAGGAAGAGGAGGAAGAGGACGCGUCUGCAUCUCGAAGCAUUUCCCACGGCUCUUUGGAAGUUUCUGGCAGUUUCGCAGAUCUUCCGGGAAGCCCCCGACGCUGCCUCCGAUUUUCUUCCGGCUCCAAGGCUCCGGUGUCUUUUCUUCGAUGCUGCCUCUCCUGGGGAGGCGGCCUGCAGGAGGAAAUGGUGCCUGUUGAGGGGUGCGAGCUGCGUCCAGUUCUGCUCAUCAAGGAUACACGAGGGGCCCUUGUCAACGACGAUGGUGACGCUCCAGGGGGGCCCCCCCCGUACCCUUGCCGUGUUUUGUACAGGUGGCAACGGGGGCCCCCCCGCGCGGUCUGUGCGCUGCACCCCCACCGCGAGGCGAAGCUCCAGUGCGUGGCUUCUUUGCGCUGCUUUUGCGGCUAUCGAUGCUUCUCUGCUGGCAUGCAGCAGCUGCGGCGAUUCUUCCUCUCGGGGGGCCUCUCCCCCCUUCCCUCGCAUCCGAACCCCUGCACGUAUGGGGCCCCCUGUCGCCCCUUCAGCUGGCACGACAUCGACGAGGAGCGCGAGACUGACGUGCAGCAUUUAGCUCUCUUGACGCAGGCCGGCCUUGUGGAUGUUGUGGAUCCGCGCGGGCUCGCCGGGGGGGGGGCCCCUCGGGGGGCCCCCAAGGGAGCGCCCUCGAAGGGGAUCGCGGGUUCGGAGCAGCCUUGGCACGAGUUCUCGACGGGCAAAGUCAUUCCCGUCUCGGCGCCUCCUUCGGCGGUACACGAGGAGGACGAGGAGGGGGAGGGGCCCCCAAGCCUAGAAGACGGUGGCUUAUGCCGCCUUCUUCUAGGCAUCAUCCACGACCCAUCGGAGAGGGGCCUCUCGAGAGGAUGCGCUCCAGGCAGCGAAGAAUUGGGGGGCACUUGUCAGGGGCCCCUUGCCGCCACUCUGUCGGGGGGGAGACGACAACAACCUUUCGGAUGGAGCACAAGAGGGGGGGGGGAGAGCAACUCCUCAGGCCUCUCCGCUCCCUCGGCUGCUGCCAGCUCAAGCCUGCGAAGGGGCCUUUUUUCGCCGCAUCUGAUGCCUCCCUUCGACGUUGGAGAUUCCCCCUUCCCGGCUGCAGACUUCGGGGAGGGGCUCUUGGGGGCCCCCCAAGGGGGGGGGGCCCCUGAGGCUCCCGGGGGGUGCCCAGCAGCUGCGGCAGACUACGGAGACUUUCUGCCGCCCCUCGGCAGCAGCGGCAGCAGCAGUCUAAGGGUGAGCAUUAUGAGCUGGAACGUCUUAGCCGAGCUGUACAGCACAGUGGCUGCCUUUCCGCAUUGUGAAGCCUACGCCCUCAGUUGGCCGUACAGAAAACAGAGGAUCAUUCAAGAGAUUCUGACACACAAGCCGGAUAUUGUGUGUCUUCAGGAGGUGGAGCGGGAGCAUUACGAGGACUUCUUUCUGCCACAACUGGCUGCGGAAGGGUAUGCUGGGGUCUAUAAGCAGAAGACUGCCGAGAUUUUUGCUGCCAGCAGCAGCAGCCAGAGAGGGGGAGGGCGGUUCACGAUGGAUGGAUGCGCCUCAUUCUAUUUGAUGCACAAGUACAGACUGAUUGACUCUGCGGCUCUGGAAUUCUCUGCUCUGACGGAUGCCACUGCGCACUCCCAAGAAUCGCAGGAGCAGCGACCAGAGCAGUCGCAUGGCGGAUCAGAACUGCAACGAGAGCCAAAACUUUUGCUUUUGGCCAACACUCACGUUGCUGCGAAUCCGGAUUCGAAUGACGUGAAGAUCUGGCAAACCCAGACGCUUCUCGGAGCGCUCGACAGCUACUUAAGCUGCUUUCCUUCACGGCCGCCUGCCCUCCUCCUGUGUGGAGAUUUCAACAGCUCUCCAGACUCCGCGGUGUACAGACUCCUACUCACGGGUGCAUGCGAUGAGCAGCAUCAGGAUUUCGCCGCGGACGCCAAUGGAAUCCUCCGGGAUUGCCACAUUGGGCAUUCGCUAAUGCUCUCAUCGGCGUAUGCGCUGGGGAAGGCUCUGCGGGAAAAUCUGGAUCCGUACGACUUUGAAGUGUCGCAACAGUGUGAACCGCCCUUCACGAAUUAUACUGGCAACUUUACGGGCUGCUUGGACUACAUAUUCUUUUCCGCGUCCGAGCUUCGACUUGCUGCUCUCAUGGAGCCAGUCUCGGAAACUCAGCUCUUCAUGGAGGCAGAAACGCUGCAUCUACGAAGUGCUGCACUGCCAUCACCCUUACGGCCCUCUGACCACGUCCCAUUGAUUGCGGAAUUCGACUGGAUCGAGGAUCCUCUAACUGCGAAUCCUCUUCAAUCAUCAACCCCUCUAGACGUGAUUCACUAG